AACCAAUUAAGGAGAUGACCAUGGCCACAACCUCUGUUCUUCUAUUAUUACCUUUGCUCUUACUGUUACCUGCAGGUGAGUGUGAUCUUCAGUUAAAUUAUUACAACGAGAGCUGCCCAAGAGCCGAAGAAAUCAUCAAAGAACAAGUAACCCAACUGUAUAAUAAGCACGGCAAUACCGCGGUUUCAUGGCUCAGAAAUAUCUUCCAUGAUUGCAUCGUUAAGUCAUGUGAUGCCUCUCUUUUGCUGGAUACAAAGGAAGGCAUAGUAUCGGAGAAGACAUCGAAUCGGAGCUUUGGAAUGAGAAAUUUUAAGUAUAUAGACACGAUUAAAGCUGCCCUCGAAAGCGAAUGUCCCCUCACUGUUUCAUGCGCAGAUAUCGUAGCUCUCUCAGCAAGAGAUGGUGUUGUCAUGCUAGGUGGGCCACAUAUCGAUAUGAAAACCGGCCGGCUCGACUCAACGGAAAGUUAUGUUGCAGAGCUUAUUGAUUUCAUCCCCAACCAUAACGACAACAUUUCCUUGGUGCUUUCACGAUUUGAUUCCAUUGGAAUCGAUGUGGAAGGAAUAGUUUCCUUACUUGGAGCUCACUCAGUGGGUAGAGUUCACUGCCUGAACAUCGUAGGUAGAUUAUAUCCUGACAUCGAUCCCACCAUGGCUCCCGAGUACGGCGAGCGCCUCCGACAUAGGUGCCCUUCACAAGACCCGGACCCAAAGGCAGUACAGUAUGCAAGGAAUGAUCUUGAAACACCAAUGGUUCUUGACAACAUGUACUUCAAGAACAUUUUAGCUCACAAAGGACUCUUGCUAAUCGAUCAACAACUGGCUUCUGAUCCCAGAACUGCUCCUUUUGUAGAGAAGAUGGGUUCUGAUAAUGACUACUUUCACCUGCAAUUCUCAAGAGCUCUACUUUUGCUCUCUCAGAACAAUCCCUUAACAGGUGAUCAAGGAGAGAUCCGAAAGGACUGUCGCUAUGUCAACAAUAAUAAGGAUAAAAGAAGCCCAAUCCUAAGCCCAGCCCAAUCCCCAGCUGAAGGUGAGCCGACUGUUUCAGGCCCAAGUCGAAGCCCAGGUGUUGGUGACGCCAGAGUUUAGGCCCCAAAGCCCAGAUCUUUGAAUAAAAUAAAAGAUUGAUUAAUAAGCUCAGGUCUUGUCUAACAUGCCUCGGAGCAAUAUAUUAAGGAUGACCGAGUUUCUCUACACCCAUGGUGAGGAGGGAAUCUCCACAUCUAUGGCAUCUGA